CUAAAUAUGAAUAUUUGAUAAUUGUAAAUGUCACUGGAAAAACGUCAUUAAAUUUAAAAUGAACAAAGCCGCGUUUGUUAGUUUUCUCCGCCACUUGCUCUUCUUGCUCAUCAUUUUGAAAUUUAUCAAUGGCAUUGCCAUGAUAUUCCAGUCGGAAAAUUGCAGGGACAUGUUUGACAAACAAAGUCUUCUUCCUCUAAACUCCAAAGCUCCAAUUCUCAAAAUAGAUUUCACCGUAGACUUUCUUUACAGCUUAACCAACAGUAUCGGUUUCCUCUUGAUGCUUUUGAGCGCGUCUGGGCUCGUGGGGGCUAUUUGCUUAAAUUCGCGACCACUAAUCAUUUUCGCGAGUGGAUUGGGUUUCUUACAUAUGGCUCCGAUAGAAGCCACUUCGGCAAGAGUCUUCGAUUAUUUGAUCAAUUCUUUCGAUGUCCUGAUUUUGAAAGAUGUGGAAAAGCUUUUUGUGAGUACCAACGGUUUUAUAAACUAUACCAUCGACCCGGAUGAUAUAGUUGGUUACAAUGCCUUGUGGGAUAUGCCUUAUGAAGAAGGCUGGCACAGUCGUGCCAUUGGAACGAAAGCCAGUCAUGAAUUUGUCGACUUUACGCAAAUUACUCAGGAAUGUUGUGGAUUCAUCGGAAGACCUUUUUGGGAGAUACCCAUUCCACGAAGUUGUUGUCCGGACGAGUAUUCUGAUGAAAAGUGCGUCCUUCAAGUUGCUUACAGUAAAACCUGUGAAAAUGAAUAUGAUAACUUCAGACAAUGCACGGCGGGAUUACGGAACGAGUCUUGCGUUUUUGCCAUAAUUUCUGCCGUUGCGGGCGUAGUGUCGUUAUAUUUAUCAUAUAUGAGAAAAAAAUAUCCUGAAGGUAAUUACGCCGAUUAUUCUUCAUCGGAUGAAGAGUCUGGUGUAACCGACCUGUUCUAAAUUAAUAUAAAUAAAAGUAUAAA